AUGUACCGAGACUUCGGGGAUCCCGGACCCAGCUCCGGGGCGGCCGGCGCGUACGGCGGUCCCGCGCAGCCCCCUGCCUCGGCUCAGGCGCAGGCAGCCGCCCAGCAGCAGUUCCACCUUAUUCCUAGCAUCAAUGCUGUGAGUGGCAGCCAGGAACUGCAGUGGAUGGUACAGCCUCAUUUCUUGGGGCCCAGUGGCUACCCCAGGCCUCUGGCCUACCCCCAGUACAGCCCCCCACAUCCCCGGCCAGGAGUCAUCCAAGCCCUGGGGCCGCCUCCAGGGGUUCGUCGUAGAGCAUGUGAACAGCCCGGAGGAGGAGGAGCGACGCCGAGUGAGGCGCGAGCGCAACAAGCUGGCUGCGGCCAAGUGCAGGAACCGGAGGAAGGAACUGACCGACUUCCUGCAGGCGGAGACAGACAAACUGGAGGAUGAGAAAUCAGGGCUGCAGAGAGAGAUUGAGGAGCUGCAGAAGCAGAAGGAGCGCCUUGAGCUGGUGCUGGAAGCUCACCGCCCCAUCUGCAAAAUCCCAGACGGAGACAAGG